UCAGCCCCUGUUUGCGCUUCUGCAGCGCUCCCUGGCGAGCUUUCAACUGGCCAUGGCCAAAGAGGCAAGCGCUCGGUCGGUCAGGCGGCUCGUGCCAAGGCUGGCUUUGCUGCUCUUCGCCUUUUCCUGCAGCAGGUGCUUCUUGGCGUCGCGGAGGGCGCUAGUGGGCCUCGCCUUAGCGCCCCAUGCGGCGCUGGCCUUCGAGAAUCGCGUGCGGGAGGUGAAGGGCCCGAAGAGCCCCGGGUCGCAGCCGGCUGGGGUGGGUCAGGGCACGCUGGCGGGGUGCAAAGCGGCGCCCAACUGCUUCUCCUCAGCGGCGGAGGACGAGCACUACUUGAAACCCUGGAGCUUCCCUGGGCCCCCAGAGAAGGCCCUGGCAGACCUGGAGCAAGUGCUGAAGGCCUACCCCCCAGGCCAGCAGGACAUCGAUGGGGGCGGCUUUCAGAUCCAGAAGUUGGAGCCCAAGGGCUACAUCUACGUGCAGUUCGAGUCCCUGAAGAAGGGCUAUAUUGACGACGUGGAGUUUCGGGUGCAGCCGGUGGACUCGGAGUCUCAAGUCUUGGUGCGGUCAGCCAGCCGCCUGGGCUACCUGGACCUUGGGGUGAACGCCAAGCGUCUGAACUGGAUCUCCCAGCGGCUCAGGGACCGCGGCUGGGCGGCCCCAAAGAUCACAGCGGAGCUCUUCCCCAGGUAUGCGAGUGAGAAUCGCUGAAGUGCUGCUUUGGCACAAAAGAGCAUAGCCGCUUGCAAGCGGCUGCAUUGCAGAUGGAUUCAUGGGAGCGCUGAAGCAUGUGCAUGUGAAAUGU